AUGACAAAUACUUCCACACCAGUUCUGUCAUCCAUUCAGUUUGAUUUCCUGCCUGUGUGUUUUAGAGGAUAUCAGCUUGUUGGAGAGCUCUGUGUCCAGUGCAGUGUUGGGACUUUCUAUAACUCCUCCUCUAGACUGUGUCAGCCCUGUCCUGUUGGGCAGUACCAAGAUCAGGAGGGGCAGUUUUCCUGUAAAUUUUGUCCCUCCUCCAGCCAGGAAACCACCACCACCUACCAACCUGGGGCUCAGGGGAUUCUCAGUUGUAAAGAUUCCUGUGCUAGUGGUGCUUUUUACAAUCUGAGCACAGGUUCCUGUCAGCAGUGCCCCCUGGGAUACUACCAGGAGAAUUCUGGGUAUUUUCAUUGCUUCCCAUGUAAUGUUGACAAGACUACAGCAUAUGCUGGUUCCAAACAACAGUCCUCCUGUGUUGCAUACUCUAAAGCCAUCACAACAGCUGAAACACCAACAAAUGUAGGACAAAGUACAGACAUGGAGGAAGAGUUCUCGGCAGCGGUUAUCAUCGCCAUUGUCAUCGGCAUCAUCAUCUUCAUCGUAGCAUUUGUUCUGCUGUUCCUUUUCUUUUGCAGGGAAAAAGUGCCUUGUUUUGGACAAAAUGAUGUAAUACCAGAGGGAACUACACCAUGGAAAUAUGUCAACAGAUAUGGAGAAACUAAUCUGAAAUUUGUAAAUUAUCGGCUGCAAGAUGUGAGGGAACGAAAGCGACGUAAACGUGUUGAUCGUCGACCAAUCGUGUCGAGAGAGGGACCAUAUGGACCAGAAGUGGCGCUAGGAUACAAUACUGAGGACUCUAUUAACUUCAGGGAUGCACCAGAAACUUUAACACCAAGACAUCUACCACCCAUCUCACACACAGUGGAGGAAAACUAUGAAAAACCAAAAAAGAGAAGGAAAAAGAAGAGGAAGAAUGUGUCACCAGACAGAGAACCAAGGGCACUGAAACCACUAAAAGGGUCAGGUUUCAGAUCAUCAGCGCCACCUAGUGAAAGUGGCUCACAUAGAGGAGAAAGGGGAGAUAACCAUUAUUUAGACCCAGUACAUUUAGAAACAAAGAAUGGACAUAUUAAAAUAGAUUCUGACAAUGAAGAUUACAGAUGAGAGUUAAUCAAUAGUAGAUAUGCUUAAUUUUUUUAUUUGUUGGGUAGGUUCCAUUCCUCCUAGUUAUCUUAAACUGUUCUCUAUCAGAGAGGGAAACUGAAAUAAAGUGUUGAGGAGGGAGAUUUGAAGCAGUGAAAAUUUUUGAAAAGGAAGAUAAUGACGACUUUAAGUUCAGUUGAAAAUUCAGUUAAAUGAAAUUAAAAAGAUGAUUCAAAUUAAAACACUUUACAGGGUACAUUUUCAGUGUGAACAUUUUUUUUUAAGCAAAAUUCUUGGCCUUGGGAGGGUGACUGAUAUUAAGGUUGAAAAGCUAGGGUACAUAUGUUUUGUAUGCAUUAAUACUAUUGUAACAGUGCAUUUUACAAAUCCUGGCAUGAGGAAAGACAAAUUGAGAUUUGAAAACGAAGCAUAUAUAAUCAUAAAUCUUUAAGUUACUGAUUUUUGCUCAAUGCCAAAAAAAGUGUAAGCUUUUGCAGGGGUAUGAAGUACAUGUGUAUUAUAAUCUUGUUCCUUGAACAUUAGAAUAUGUUUGACAUUCCUUAGCAUUUUAAUAUGUUUGACAGUUUAUAAUAAAAGCACAUGGAAAAAAAUAGAGGGAUGCAUGUAUGAUAUAUAUUUUUUUGUGAAUGAAUGGUGUGUAAUGUACAAUAUGUAAUCAGAAAAUUAAUAUUUUGUAAAAUUCUGAAAUUCUUUUGAAAGAAACUAAAAAGCUGUAGAAGUUGGAAUAUGAAACAUAUGCAUAAUAAAUGAAUUAAGAAGUAUUUUGUUUCUGUUAGGAAAUGACAGGUAUCCAUAUAGCUGCAAUAAUGUAGCCCUCUCCGAUUUUUUUUAAUCUGAUAUUUUCAGGAGAGGUUCCCCCCCCCCC